AUGCUAAGCGGUACAAAUACCCCUGCCGAAGAACUCCGUUCCUCGGGAUUUUUUGACCCUCCAGAAAAUGACCCUCCGGCUUUGGCUUUGGCUGCUUCUGUUGCUGCUGCUGCUGCUGCUGCUGCUAAUGCUAAUGCUAAUGCUAAUGUGGGAACCUCUGCCUCUGUGGUCCCACCACAAUCUUUCCCCACCACCACCUCUAACAUCAGAAGCACUCCCACAGCUCCCAACUUGGGACACCACAUCCAUAUCCAACAACAACAACAUCAACAACAUUUCCAAUACCCCCCUGAACAACCCCCUACAACAGCUUUUGCCACCAUAGACCUCGAUGCCGCAACUGGCAUCGAUCCCCUAAAUCUCCCUCAACUUGACCAGCAAUUUGCCAUCACAAGCAUCUCACGCUCCGCAAGUCUUCGUUCAAACCAUCCUAUGGUCCCACCAGCUUCUGUGGCUGUUUUGUCAAAUACUCCAAAUACUACUACCACCAGCACAGCCAUGUAUCAACAACAACAAUUACAACAACAACAACAACAACAACACCAGCUCCAAUCACAACAACUACAACAAGAUUUUCCAGCUGAAUUCAAUCCUCAUCCUCCUCAAAAUGCUUCUACCCCAAUUAUUUCUUCUGCUGAAAUCGCUGCUUUUCAUGCGCAGUCCAUGGCUUUACCUCAAGAUAAUCUUAAUCAUCCUCAUCCAGCUUACUCAAUACAACAACCUCAAGCUCAAAUACUACAACACCAGCAAGCCCAAAUAUUACAGCAGCAGCAAGCUCAAAUACUACAUCAACAACAACAACAACAACAACAACAACAACAACAACAACAACAACUUCAAUCUCAAGCAGCAACUACUACACCUUCUAUAGGCUACCACCAUGAUCGGAAUCAAUCCCUUCCCGCAGCCUCUUCCCAGCAGUUUGAUCAACAGCCCUACAAGGUCAGCCUAAAUAGAGCAGCCACAACAGCCCACGACCCACCCUCGUCUGCUUCGUCUGCGCGCUACUCUUUUACACCAAGUCUUAUAAAUAUAUCUAGCAUUGCCCCCUCAGCUCCUUCUUCUACCACCAUGCAAGACCCAGCUUCCACUUUCUUCCAGUUUCCUUCUUCAUCUUCAUCUUCAUCUUCAGCUAUUGCGACUGCGGGCCCCAAUAACGUCAUUCAACCUCCUGAAACUAUGGCUCAAAUAUUUAUCCCCCCAUCAGACCAGCAGCAGCAGCAGCAACAACAACAACAACAACAACAACAACAACAACAACAACAACAACAACAGCUGCAUGCUCAGCAAAUUAUAAUACCAUCUCAGGAUGUGGUGCUACCCGCCCCUCAUCAACAACAACAGCCUUCCCAAAUAAUUUCUGACGCACCCUUGAUACAACAACCAUUUGUUCAACAAAUUUCAUUACCACCACCUCCUCAACAACAGUUAUCAUUUGAUCAAUCUACAUCAAUGCCUUUAUCUCCAACUGAUCCUUCUACAAUAUUAAUUCCAGACAUGACUGACGGGUUUGCAGGAAUCACCAUCCCUGAUUCGUUAUCCCCUAUUGCAGACACGUUCCAGCCACCUACUCAAAUAUUGCAAGAUCAACAACAACAAAAUUCCCAGCCAUCCCCUAUAGCCCCCCAGAAACCUGCUGAUCCGCCACACAUUCUGGAAUUUAUUAGCACUUCCCGACAUGGUCACUCGGCCUCGCGUAACCUCUCUUCAUCCAGUAAUACUCUUACUAGUACUAAGACAGCUGAAUCUAAAAAUACUUCUGAAUACGCUCUUCACAUUAUUUUUACUAGAUUUGUGAGAUAUGCGGAAAAGAAGCUCAAUGCAUGUGUCAGUUAUGCCUAUUCUGGUCAAGAAGAACCACCAGUAAAGGCUCUGCUAUCGCCGGGCAUCGACCCUGAGUUUGAUCAUGCAAUCUCACUUUUGGGAGAUACGGCAAAGAGUAAACCCAAGCCUGUCAUAGACUCAGUCAUGUUUUGGCGCAAAACUAAAGCUACCGCCGCUGCCAAAGCCACAAAUGCUUUAACUGAAGCUCUAGCAAAACAGUCUCGUACAAAUGGCCAUGAUAAUCGUGGUGCAGGGUCCAAGGUUGACCAGCUGCGUAAAGAGGAGAUCAUUGCUGACCGUAAAAGCUUUAUUUCCAUUUUUAUUCUUUGCAGAGUACUCAUGGAAAUUGUCAAAAAGACCCCCCCAGAUAUCUUGGGCGAUUCCCUCAUAAGUAAGCUCGCUGAAAUCGUAUUCAAGCAGCUCAAAAGCACUGACCCAAACAUCCUUUCCAAAAGCCCCCUCCGCGCCGGCAACUGGAGUCUUUUUGCUGAACUCCUUGGUGAAAUGUCAAACUUUCAUUUUGCCGGCGUUGCAGACGAAUUCAUAAUUGAACUUGAAAAACACACCGGCACCAUUGCCAAAGAGCGUGAGCUCAAUGUCCAGCUCGUCAUCCACGGAAUGAAGUAUCUCAAGGUCAAACUCUACCCUAUGGACGCACUCGAAGAAUCGUCUGAUUUUUUGUCUUCGCUGGCCAAGUUUUUCAAUCUGGUCAACAACCCAAGCAUCAAGGUUGCAUACGCUCAGGUCUUUUGUGAUCUACUCCUUCCUGUUGCGGAAACGGCUACCGCUGAGUUUAACUACCCCACUUGGGAAAAAGCUAUGGAUACUCUAUACGCCUCUGCCACCAAGCUUCUUUCUAAACCAAGUCUUUGGACCUGGUCCUUUUCUUUGGCUACCUCUAUCCUUAGUGUCUCCCCACCAGAAUCCUUCUCGCCAAACUGGAUUCCUCUUUAUGAAAGCCACGUUUCAAAAUUCAAGGAUAAGGAGCUUCGCAAUAUUUUCCUCACUUCCGUGACUCGACUUGUUUGGGUCUUUUUAUUCCGCUGUACAGACUCCCUCAACAACACUACCAAGAAGUUGGAGCAAAUAUGUAAGCCGCUAAUAGCCCACGGCGUUAAGCGCUUUUGGACUUCGCUGGACCCAGCUUCUGCCGCUUCCCUCGGCUAUUUUAUUCGCGUUGUGGGAUACGGCCAUCUUCAAUAUACCCUUGAGUCUAUCUUCUUUCAGCUCAUGUUUCCAAAUGUCACCCAAACGAUGACGGACUUUUCCACAGUUACCCUUGACAAUAUUUUCCCCGAGCGCCUCAUAAUCUCCAUUAGAGCCUUUAUCUACACACUCAAUGACUUUGAGACAAACACCCGCCCAGAGUUCCCCACCACUGAAUCUAUUGACAGCUUUUACCACACCCUUCCUACAAAAACUGCCGCCAAACCUGUCAAAAACUACUCCAUCACACUUUCAGAAACAAAAGAUCAAUUUUGCAGGCUCAUUGGCAAGCUCCUCAUUCUAUGCGAUUCAAGCCUUGGUUACAAUAUUUUAAUAACUGAGGAAAAAGCUCACGUUACCCCCACCCCCUUCAAAACUCAAAUACCCGUUGCCUUUCAUUUUGGCACAAACAGAGACAAGGAAAGCAAUGCUGCUUCUCACAAACAAGCCAUCUCUGAUUUAUUUUGCAUUAUCCUUGAGUCUAUUCCAUGGUGCUUCCCAUCUUCCCUCGGUACCACCAAAAUUAUUGAGCUUCUUUGCCGCAAUUCCGUCAACCCUGACUCAAACAUUAGCUCAACUUCUUCUCGCAUCCUCAAGGUCCUCAUUUCUACCCGUGACCCUGUCACCAUCCUUCCCAUUGUCACAAAUUUCCUCUUCAACCUCGAUACUAAAAUUUUUUCCACUUUCAAUGCCUCUCUCUCUUCACACUCAGACUUCAAACUUCUUCUCAACAUUUACAUUGACUUACUCGUCACAUGGAAAGAUCAAGUUGCUGCUUCCAAGAUUGAAAAGGAAGAAAAUCAACGGUCACAACCUGCAUGGCCACCAUGGAACAAUACGGACCACAAUAGCGGCAAUUCAAACAACUCCAAUGGAAACAACAAUAACAACUCUGCAUUUGUUUUUGGCCACGCAAACUCCAACGACGACUCGACUGAUUCCGCAAAGCGUAGUGAUACCCAAAAACUUAACGGCAUUUGGAACAUUGUUGAGGAAGCUGAGGGCAAUGGAUUGUUUUUCCUUUGCUCUCAAGACCGUGCCAUUCGCCAGUGUGCUAUUCGCUUACUUAGACUCACUGCUGAAUUUGACACUUUGUUGAGCUCAGUUUCAAAGUCAACAAAAUCAAGCAUUAGUUCUUCUGUCCCACCUCCACAGGCUUCUUCCGAAAAUGUUGAUGGCGAUGAUGACGAUGAUGACGAUGAUGACGACAAUAACGAAGAAAACAGUGACAAAUCUCCUAGCUUGUCUACUCGCCUCAUUUCAUUUUUCGAAACUACUGAGCCUCUUACGCUCUACAAGAGCGUUUCAUACAGAAUUGUGCUCAGCGCGCCCGAGCGCCGCCGCAUUCACAAACUUUAUGGGAAACAUACAGGUGGUCUUGUCUACGUUGCGGAGUCCGACUAUGGUGUCGACACUGCAAUCUGGCUCAAACUAUUUCCGCUUGUUAUGAUUUCCAUUUUUGAGUCGUACCCUGUUGUCGUUGCCCUUUGUCGCAAUACCAUUUGCGGAAAGCUGGUUCGCAUGCACGACACAGUCAUGGAGUUUUGUGCCACACAAACCAUCCAGUCAGUAUUUGCUCCCAAACACCCAAUGCGUACGCAUCCUGAGCUUGUCAUUGAGCAGUGGCGUAUGUAUUUGAUUGUAGCCAGUACAACACUUACUCAAACCGACGAGCAAAAGCUUCAUGUUCCAACCAACCAGUACCAGCACGGCCGCAAAAAGUCUGUCCAAAAAAUUACGAUCCACCACCAGAAAAUCACGUCAGCACGCUCGGUGUUCCGCCUCGUCAUCCCGCUCUUUGGUGUAGAGCAUCCCAUUAUCCGUGAUGCGGUGGUCACCAGUUUGACGUGGGUCAAUAUUAACAUUUACAAGACUUUGCUUGAGUGUCUGGAGCCGGCCAUUUCGAAGUGGAAGGAAGAUUUUGCGUCGUAUCUAUCUCAGCCGCGCAAGGAUCCUUCGAUUAAGAACAAGAUUGAGCACGUUGCCACGGAGAUUGCGCAUGUUUUUAGUGCAACAGCCCACUAUCUUAAGGAAAAACACAUUUACGAGGACACUUGGAUUCUUGAACGAAUCUUGACUUUUUUAAAUGAAAUCAAGAGCUUUUUCUUGUCCCGCACAGAAGUCCAAAAUGAUCCAGGGUGCCAACGCUUGCGAAUUUUUUUCGCUUCCCUUUUGGAAAGUGCUUACCUUGGCGUCCAACGUAACCCAGAAGACUCGUCCAACCGGGCUCUUUUCAGUUAUGAGAUGCGUGUCAAGUACUUUUUCUUUAUUGAGGAAUGGUGUGGUGUUGGACCCAACGAGGGUGUUGCUGAGCGGCGUAUUGGGUUGAUGAAGUCGGCGCUCAAGUCUCUUGGCUAUACCCGCGACGGCAGCAGAAUUGCGCUUGCUGGGUUUGAAGUAGAGCGCACGUCUUUGGAAACAAAGGCACUGAGUGCCAUGGCCACUCUCUGCUCGGGACCCAUUCACAAUAAUGGCAGCGAAUCGCCUCAGCAGUCACCAUACUUUGAGAACUUUAGCCGAUCUCGCUUGCUGAGUCUAAUUGAAGCCAUGUUUGAGUCUUCUAAGGAACACAGUAUUGAGAUUGCAUGCCGUGCGCUGAAAAACCUGCUUUCCACAAACCCUGAGGAAACACUUAUUUUCCGCGAGUCUAUUGCUAACUGCUACAAGAAAAAUUCGGGCAAUGUAAUUGCUCAGAGCUACUUCUUGGCGAUUGCCGAGGUACUUCUCCAGCUUGACGAGUACCCUUGCAAGGUGUGGCAAGUGCUUUCGCUUGGUCUUUUCGAGUGUGGCGACAGUAAUGUGGAGCUGCGCCGUCUUGCUCUCAAGCUGUUGACCGCCACAGAAAAGAAGUUUUAUGAUGGGAACUGUGUGCGCGACUACGAGGUCGGUUUGCUGAGCAACACCUCUGCGGUUUACAAGCGAGCAAUGUUUAAUCUCUCAAGCCGAUUUGCUCUCGAGCACCCAGAAGAGGCGUUUAUGGUUUUCUCGGAAAUGACUAUGUUUUUCCAUCAGGUUGACAAUAUCUCGCGCCGCGACAUUUUGGCCGUCCUGUUACCGUGGAUCCAGUCCGUCGAGCUGCAAGUUGAGGCUGACGGGUCUACUCCGAGUCCCUCAGCCACCAUGGUCAUGAACAACUUGUUUGAAAUCACAGUUAUCUUUUCACCUAAGAUUCAAAAUGAAGUUGAAGCACUAUGGGUUGCCAUUGGUAACGGCAAAUACCCAGGAAAUGUCAAGGCUGUACUCAACUACAUUAUCCACCACUGUCUUGUGCGUCGCAGCCCCCAGUUUGUUGAGCAUGUGCGCAAAAUUUUGGUGUAUCUGUCUUCAACAGCUGUGGGUGCUAGCCUCAUUGAUGACUUGAUUUCGUAUCUUGAACCAAAGUGUCUUGUCCCUGAAAAACCAUCUCCACAUGAUAUUAGCGAUGCCGCUUCACAAUUCCCUCAUGUUUCCAACAUCUCCACUUUGCUUGACGCUGGCGAAAAGGAGGCAAGCUUUAGCAAGGGCCAGCUGGCUGUUAUCUUUUUGGUGGAUGUUUUAACUGACAAGCCGCAGUAUCUCGAGUCCAAUUUUGCACUCCUGCUUCAUGUGUGCUAUGUCUUACUUGACCACUAUACUUCCAUUGUCAGCGCGCAAGCUCGCGAAAUGCUCAUCAUGGUUAUCCACUCAUUAGCCAAAACCAAUCCGAACAAGGCUGACGAGCUGAUCACUGUUUUACGUCGCUGGGAUUCAAGCACGUCGUGGUCUUACUACGAGCUGACAAGUGACAAGAUUGGUGCGCGCACGCCCAAGAGCAUGAACAAGACGAUCCAUGACAUCAUUGACAUUUUUGCUGAGGACGUGCCAAACCUACGUGAGCAGUGGUCGCGCGUGGCACUCUCGUGGGCCACAUCUUGCCCCGUGCGCCACGUGGCUUGCCGCUCAUUUCAAAUCUUCCGCUGCAUGUUGCAUGCCGUUGAUGCAAGCAUGCUUGGCGAUAUGUUGGGACGGCUGUGCAACACAAUUGCGGAUGAGAAGCCCGACAUUCAAGGGUUUGCGAUGCAAAUUCUUAUGACUCUGCGCGAAAUCACAAUCAAACUUUCGUCUACAGAGCUCAUGAAUAUCCCACAGCUCUUUUGGGCUGCAGUUGCUUGUCUGGGUUCUGUUCACGAGCAAGAGUUUAUCGAAUCCCUCCGCAUUUUUGACGGCAUCAUUUCUAAGAUUGAUUUGAAUCUGCAAGAAAAUGUGGACCGCCUUGUUGUUGUUUUCCCACAGUCCAAGUGGCGUGGCAACUUUACGGGUCUCCACAAUUGUGUUUUGCGUGGACUCAAGUCGUCAAUUGGCUAUGAGCCGUGUUUGAAGAUGCUAUUCAAGCUUAGUAUGAUUAUGGAUAGCCAAAUCAUGGGCGAGUCGCGAUUGUGUGUCACUGUUGUAGCCAACAUUCCACGCUUUUUGCAUGCUCUUGAGACCAACAAUAUCACACCGGAGGUUAUUGAGUCAACCAACCAGUUAUCACAAAUUUGCACAGCUGAGGACCGUCCUGGGCUGGCACGCAUCUUCACCUCGCUUUCCAAAAAUAAGUUCCGGUCUAAGAAGGAUUUCCUUGUACAGUGUGUAUCUGCCAUUUCGGCCAACUUUUUCCCCUACCACGCUGGUUCUUGUUUGGUUCUUUUGCUUGGAAUGUUAUUCAAUCGCACGCCGUGGAUCAAAGCCGAGACGCUUGCAUUUUUGGAAAAGCUUUUGCCGCUUAUCAAUCUCCAAGGUAGUGAGUUUUCAGGGGUUGGAGCAGACUUGUUUUCGCCGCUGUUGCGCUUACUUCAAACCACUUAUGCAGAAAGUGCACUUAAUGUCAUUGACCAAGCAGGAAAUAUCAACUCUGGCCCGCUCGACAUGAAGGUUCUCAAGAUGAUUUUAGGAGACGAGGCUAUUGUCAAGGAGUAUGAAUCUAUUUCUACAAUGUUUGGUGUGCCCACUUCCACUGGUUGGGCUGUCCCCGCACUCAAAACUGCGAGCUUGGCUUGCCGCAGCAAUGUACACUCGGUCUACAUUACUUGUUCUGUCACUGACGAACCAAUGCCUGUUGCUGAAGAGUUUCAGUUUCAUCGCGAAGAGGUUAUUAACCCGCGCUACCACCACCACCAUCACCAUCGAUACGACAAUGCCAAUAAUGUAUCUGCGCCGUCUGGUAACGAGCCUGGUACUCUCAGUCACAUGUAUGCUGAGCUCAACACCUUGGACAUGUUUUUUGCCCAAACUAUUGCGCCAACACAUACACGCGACGCAUCAGUCACGGACACAGAUGCCAGCGAUGUUAUUGAUGCGGUCGACUCUGAACCGCAGAUUUAUGAUAAAAAAGUGUCUGUUAUUUUGAACCGCUCGUUAGCACGCACGCCUUCUUCGACCUCGUUCAAGACGUCUUUUGCAGACUCGAUUGGCAACAAUAAUGGGUUGCAGCAGGUCACGUUGCCGUCAUCGCCAACACAACAACAAGCGUUGUAUCAGUUGCAAUUGCAGCAGCUGCAGAUGCAGCAAAAUAUGCAACAGGAUCCUAGGUCGCCAACUGGACAACAGUUACAGCUUUUGCAACUUCAGCAGCAACCCGUGGGUCCAUUCCAGCAAUUGCAACAGCAACAACUUAUUCUACAACAGCAACAACUUUUACAGCAACAGCAGCUUCAGCAGCAGCAACAAUUGCAACAGCUCCAGCAACAACAUACAUUGCAAAUUUUGCAGGGCACGCAACCUUCGCACUCUGAUUCGAGAUAUACAAUUGGCACACGGUUCUAUAAUCACUUGAGGCGUGGCCAUGGUCAUUUGUCGUCGCACAUCAAUACCAACAACAAUGCAGCUGCAAGCACAGCAUCCGUGAUAAGUCCUUCUUUGAGUAUGGCCAGCAUUGCUUCACCAACCUCAGAGCAUGGGUCUGUUAGUAUGAGCAGCGAACCUGAGUACUCUCAAUCGUAUCUUAUGUUUGGGGACCCGAGCAGCGAGAGCGAAGAAAAUUUGGACUUGCAUGCUUCACAAUCAGCAGCAUACAGUUUGGAUGGUAUUACUGCUCUGGACAAUCAUCAGUAUCCAUCUGCACCAGUGCCUGCCGCCAUUGACUCGUAUGACCAGCGAUAUCAACAGUUUUACUACAAUGCGAUGCAGCAACAGGCGGCAGCAGCUGCAGCAGCGGAGCUUGGAUCGGAUUCACAGCUUGUGUCUGGUGCUGAGGUGCCUGGCCAGGUUUCCGGCAGUAAGUCUCCUCCACCUAAUACGUCGUUAUCGUCAUCUUCGACCAAGAGCAGUAGUAAGAAUAAUGGUAGCUCGGAGUCGCCGUUCCGGCUAGAAGUAUUGUUGCGAGGCACACCACUGGGAAAAAGCAAGAAAAAGCCGCGCAAACAACGUGCCGCAUCGCCUGCGCCAUUGUCUGAAGGCCUUUCGUCGCCCACAAUCCAAUCGUCGCCGCAAGGCUUGCAACAGCAGCAACCACUUUCACCUCAACAGCAGCAACAGCAGCCACAACAACAGUCACAGCAAAACUCGUCGGUUCAGCGUGGACAUCGGUAUACAUUUUCUCUUGACCGUACAGACUUGCCGUCAUCUUCGGUUUCACCACCACCGUUGCAAUUACAGUUUCAGCAACAGCAAGGGCACAUUCAGCCGUUGCCUGUUCAGCAACAAUUUGGACAGUCUGAAACGCCGCCACAACCACAACCACAACCACGGCAGCGUAGCAUUCUACACUUUAGCCAGCCGUACCGGUCGCCGUCGCCGAGGAUUGGUGCAGGAGCUUCAAUCUCUGCGGCAUCGUCACCGGGGACCAUAACUUCGGGGCACAGUAAUGGAGGAGGAGGAAGUAUUGGACACAGUGCUAGUAACAAACAUCGAUCUAGCAGCCCGCACGUUGGUAGUCCUGCAAAGAAGUAA